UGUCCAUCCAUGUAUAUCCCUUAAAGAGAGCAACGAUGAUAGCCAAAUAUAAACAGCUUCGAGGCAGAACAUCUCGUUCACCCCGUUAUUUGGCCAACAUGAGAAUAUGGAACCCGGGGCAGGUUUCUAGCAAGUGAAAACGCUCGUUGAAACGGUAAGAUGUUAGAAACACGUUACAGUGUUUACACAGAUACAUAUAACCGCCACCAAAAACAAAUUGUUGAUAUGUGAAACUUACUAAAGAUUUCCUAGCCGGGCAGUAUACGUUCUUCAGAAAUGAUUAAAAAUUAAGAUUGUCAGAGGUUAAUUAGGCAAUUUUACGUUCAGCCCACCUUUCAAUCGGCGGUUAUGAAACUGAAAUACAAGCCUUUCCGCCAACCUAAAGAUAUUUGUAAAUUAGAAGUGUUUUUUCCAACAGGUUUCCUGAUUUCGUUUUAUGGAAGUUCGAUAUUUGGGCUUACAUGUAAAACUAGACCAAACUGUUACAAUUGAAUUACAGACGCCAACUUUACAAGCUUACAAGAGGAACUUGAAGUUUAAUUUAAGAUUGUUCUUCGAAUAAGAAUUGCUGCUUUUGAUUUAAACAACUCGAAGUGUUGUAAUCAUAAAUCACCUCGCAAAACCCUCUGUCGGGUGAAAGCGCAAUCUGAUUGGCUCCACAAGGGCCAUCUAAUGAGAUCGAUAGACAGCAUCAGGAACUGAUCAAUCUUUGAAAAUGGAGUAUAGUGUUUUGUUUGAUAAAUUGGUCAGUAGGUAACCGUAUUUUCCGAUUAAGCUCCCCGGCGUUUAUUUCAAACUUCAAGAGCUUCGUUGAUCCGGCGGAGUAUAUUAGAGACUUUAAUCAUUAAUUUUUAAAGCUAAAUAUAAACCUCUGUUUAUUAUGCCUCGAAAAUGAAUCCCUUGAAAGUCUUAUUUAAAAAUCUACAAGGGAAACCCGGCGUUAACAUUUGGCACCCGGCGUUAAAUCGAGAAAAUACGGUAUGCUAAGACGAUUAAACUGUUCGGUGACAGUAUAUAUCGCCUUUGAUAGUUGCUCGCCGUCUUAUUGUUCAAUACUUGCCAGUUCUGUUAUUGACAGUCGAAUGCUUCACGACAAAUGCAUAUCAAUUGCUACCGAUGAUAAUGAUAAUGAUAAUGAUGAUGACGGAAGACGAUUCGGACGAUUCGGACCGAGCACUGAGGCAUUUGCCAAUCUCUUGAUUCUUUAUGCUGAGUACCAUUUUCUUUGCCGCUCACAUACUGUCGAAUUUGCCAGAGUUGACUUGCAUGAAGCCUGCUUGCCUCUAUGUUGGGCCUUUCCAAAAAUAUGCGGAUAUUUUAUGGGAUAUUUAGAAGUUUCCGAGAUAUCAACUGUUUACUUAUAUUCGCUGUUUAUACUUGAAACGAACACAGUUCAAUGCCAGAACCAAUCCAGUUGAGCAAUUUUCCACUUGAAAAAUGUAUUCAAUAUCACUAAUAACACUAUAGAGGAGUAAUUCUCCAAAAUGGCGGGUGCUGGUAACAUCGAAGCACCUAAAUCGUCUUCCUCUACUCUUUCUACUACUGCAAGAAAAUAUUGCGUAGCCUAAGGGAUUCAAAAUCAAUUUAUUUUUGAAACAAAAAGAAGAGAUAUUGUUAAGAGGAUUUUUCAAGAUAUUUAUUAGAAAAACUUUUGUUAUAUUUAGAAAUGUUUUGAGAAUUUCGGGGAAAAUAUUAAUUUAGACGAUUUUACGUGAUGUUUGUGGAAAGGCCUACUCCAUGUCCACUCGUGCAAUAGUUAGAGCUUGACAUGAUUUACACAAGACUUUGAAACCGUGCCAACAUAGUAGAUAAUUUUUUAGGAAACUGGAGGGUUUCCAGAAUGUGUGAAAUUUGUAGCACUUAGAACCUGGUACAAACGUUUCAGACUGUGCAAAUGCGUGCGAACUGUUUCGAUAUUUAUUCUCAACGUGUAAACAGGGCGCUUCCCUUCUGUCGAAUUCUGACUGGACGAUCAAAAACCCGGCUCACGACCCAUUAAAUUGCGCGGGACUGGUCAAGCCAUUUUUCAUGUGGUGCUGUCUGAAUACAAAUUUAGAUUUCGAGUAAUCCUUUUUUAAUUGCAGAUUUUGACGUAAGAAUUUCACAAAUUCUACAAAAACAACAUUUGCCAAGGAUUUCGGCCAGCAAUGCCUUUUGUUCAGGAAUCUGCCGUUCUUCUUCGAUUUGUGGUAUCGCUAGGCAUUUUCAUCGUCGUUUGUACAACUAAUAGUCAUUCUCCAGACGACCCUCGCCGUUAUGGCUCAGCUUCAACCAAGGUUCACUCUUCAGCAUCUCGAGUGGCGAAGAUUGAUGGAGAUGUAUUCCUCGGCGGACUCGUUCCAGUCCACGCUAAAGGAAAUGGCUCGACCAUAUGCGGUGAACUGAACGAACAAGUUGGAAUUCAUCGAGUGGAGGCGAUGUUGUACGCUAUGGACCAGGUGAACAAAAACAGCAAUCUUCUCCCUAACAUCACGCUUGGCAUGGAGAUCCGUGACGACUGUGGAACGGUGAACACGGCCUUGGAGCAGUGUCUAAACUUUGUUCUCGGGACACUGACCAACAAGGAACAGAUCUGUAGCUCCCUGCAGGCCUCGGACGCAGUGAAGAAAAAGACUACUCUGGUAGGGGUGGUAGGGCCUUCAUACAGCACCACCACAGUACAGGUCGCCAGUCUUCUACGACUCUUCGAUGUGCCGCAAGUCAGCUACGCUGCGACAAGCGCUGAAUUGAGCGACAAAGGCAGGUUUGAAUACUUCGCUCGCACUGUCCCCCCGGAUUCAUUUCAAGCGAAAGCCAUGGUGGAUAUCAUUACCUACAUGAACUGGACAGCGGUUUUCGCAGUUCAUUCACGCGGCAGUUAUGGUGAACAGGGCAUGCAGAUUCUUGAAAAGUUUUCGGCACAGUCAAACGUAUGCAUAGCUGAUCACUGGCAAUUAGAACCUGAUUUCGCUUUGGAGGACUAUGACAAGAUCAUAGAAAAGUUCCUGAAGGAAAAAGACAUUCGCGUUGUGGUGAUGUUUUGUAAUUCUGAAGAUCUACGCUCGAUGCUGUUGGCCGCCAAAAGGGCGCAGACGAGAGGCGUGAAAAAGCGGUUUAUUUGGCUGGCAAGUGAUUUCUGGGGAACAAGAUAUCGCCAUCUUGAAGGGCUAGAAGAUAUCGCCGACGGAGCCAUUACUCUAGAGUUUCAAACCUUUGAUGCGCAGCUCAAGCCGUUUUACGACUAUUUUUCCAAACUUAAUCCAGUGACUAAUACGCGAAAUCCUUGGUUUAGAGAAUAUUGGGAGAAGCGGUUUCAUUGUAGCUUUGGAAACGAUUCGUCGCCUGAACGCCACCCUUGUUAUUCCCGAGAGAACUACGUGUCAGUUCUUGAUAGAUUCGAUGCCAAAGUGCCUUUUGUCAUUGAUGCGGUCUUCUCGUUUGCACAUGCGCUUCACAAUAUGCAAAGAAACGUGUGCAGAGCUGUCCCAGGCUUCUGCUCGGAGUUAAAAAAUUUGGAUCGCUCGACGCUUUUGUUUUAUCUACGUAACGUGUCUUUCAAUGGAACAACGGGACUGGUAAGAUUUAAUGAGAAUGGUGAUAGCGCUGGAAAAUAUGACGUUUAUGUGUUCAGAAAGUCUCAAAGUUCUUCUUAUAAAAGACUUGGCAGUUGGAUUGAAGGAGAAUUGAAUUUCGACCCUAAAGAACUUUUCAAUGGAAGUGCUUAUCUUGAAUCGCAUUGUGGGAAACCUUGCGGGCCCCGAGCCAUCAAGCGCAUACGCGAUACGGUCUGCUGCUGGACAUGCGAAUAUUGUGACGCAGACUCGUACGUAGCUAACGAGUUCACGUGCCAGACAUGUGAUAAAGGAAUGCAACCUAAUGCCGAGUUUGACGGUUGUGAACCCUUACGUGAAGUACAUCUCAGUGGUAUCUGGAUUGCUGUUGUUGUGACAUUUUCUUCGCUCGGAAUCCUGGCGACCUCCGUCGUUUGCGUGGUUUUUGUUAAAUUCGCUAAAACGCCACUCAUAAAGGCCUCCGGACACGAACUCUCCGUUCUUCUUCUUCUCGGAAUAGUACUUUGCUACGGCUUCGCAUUUAUCAUGGUCUCGUAUCCUAGCAAAGUUGUUUGCGCUAUUCAAAGAUUUGGUAUUGGUCUGUGUUUCUGUGUUUGUUACGCUUCCCUGUUAGUGCGUACAAAUAGGAUUGCGCGCAUUUUUAGCGGAGUAAAAACGCCCUCGUUCAUCAGCCCAAAGUCUCAACUUCUGAUAACCGCUGUGAUCAUUGCGCCAGAACUCGCCAUGGCGAUUACAGAACUUUCAAUCCGACCACCGAAAGCCGUGGCUUCGUAUGAGCAAAAAGACUUCGUUCUCAUCAAGUGUAACAUUAGCACUGUAGCCAUGGCCAGCCUGUUUGCAUACAACGCUUUCCUUAUCAUCCUUUGUACAUUUUACGCGUUCAGGACUCGUAAAACUCCAUUGAACUUUAACGAAGCAAAGUUCAUCGGUUUUUGCAUGUACACGACUUGUGUGAUAUGGAUUGCGUUCGUCCCGGUGUAUUAUGGUAUUGGAGGCGGUUUUGAGGCUGUAGCUCUCGCCUUCAGCUCUAUAGUAAGUGCAACGACGAUCUUGACUUUCAUCUUUAUGCCCAAAGUGUACAUUGUGAUAUUUAAACCAGAGAAGAACAUCAGGAGUAACUCAAGACUGCGCUCACGGACGAAGUCGCUGGAUUUUAACAUGCCAGAGUUGGAAAGCGAUUGUAACGGUCUGUCUUACCGGACGUCCAGCAGCACACCUGCUACGCCAACCUUGAUGAUAAACAAGAUGGUCAAGAACGGCGGGUCAGUGAAGCAAAAUCAGAUUCAGCUGCCUCGCUUCACAGCCAUCUGACUUGACACUGAGCUGUUUAUGUGUAUUGGCUCAACUGAGUUCAAAACCAAAGUAAUGACAGAGGCAGUCGUUACGAUAAAAACCAAUCACGAGUCGUACUAAAUUCAUGUUACCAUUGAAAAGCGCGGGAAAAUAUUGAAACGGUGAAAAGCGCGGAAAAACAUGUUGAAGAUGAAAAGCGCGGGAAAGCAUGCUAACGGCAAAAAGGCGCAGGAAAACAUGGGUACUUUCCAUUUUGCCAGACCGACCGGUCAGAGACCUGUGGGAUACCUGAGGAAAAAUGAUCUAAAAAUGGAACGACAUUUUCCGAUCAAACCGGGACAACCAAGAGGAAUGGCUCUUACCGUUUUUUAUUCCUUUACCGAAUUCCCUAUAUAAGUGAAAUCUGCUGAAGAGAAAAGUAGGACAAUGAACUUGUUUAUCUAUAUGGAACGGCAAAUUUUGGUCCGACCGGUCCGACCGGUCAAAGUGGACCACCUCAAGGGGUUUUCCCGAAUAUUCUGGCGGGAAUGAACCGAGACGGACCUUUUCAUUUGACUUCCGACCGAAAAUUCCGGAAUCUUUGGCAUAAUGGAAGGCACCCCAUCUUAAAGGGUUAAAAGUGCGAGGAAAAAUUUAAACGGUGAAUAGAGAGGAAAAACUUGUAAACAGUGAAAGGAGGGAGUGGAGAGGGGGAGGGGCAAACAAGUAAACGGUGAAAGGCGCGGGAAAAAUGCAAACGGUGAAAAAGGCGGGAAAACCGUAUGCUCCUACAAAACAUUGCUGAAAACAGCACGGAACAGUAUCAUAGAUGGCUGAACUUAUGUUUUGACAGGGGAGGGGCUUGGGUACGUUUUGUCAUUGUAUGUUAAAUAAAAACUGACUGGUUUUGAGAAACUAUAGUCUAAAAAAAAUGCUGUAAAAAUUAUUCAAUUAUCAAUUUUAUCUUUUUUAUUAGACUCGAAAUUCGUUUUUAGAUUUUUUUAAAAGAAAAUCUGUAUGUAUGCUAUCAUCUUCAGUCUCCUGAUUUUACCAUACAUUGUAAUUAUUCAAUCUUUCUUAAAAUGGUUGAGUUAGAUAAAAUAAAAGUGAUCUAUAACC